CUCACGCUCAUAGAAGAAGUGCAGGAAGUAUAACGUGUGUCUGUAACAGCUGAGCUGACUGAUAGGCGAAGUCUGAUUUCCAUUCUAAAUCCUUUGACAGUAUAAUUGUUGAGUCUCUGGGAUGGAGAAUGAUAUCAUUGUCUCCCUCGAAGACUUGGGGUACCAAGGCCCCCUUAUGGAGGAAGGGGCUCUGGACUCUGCCGUCACUGGUGGGGCAGCUUCACCUGAGUUCACCAAACUCUGUGCCUGGAUUGUCUCAGAGCUAAGGCUUUACUGCAAGUUGGAGGAGAAUGUCCACGCCACUAACUGUCCAAGUGAGGCGGAGAGCUUCCAGCUGGAAAUGAGUGGGCUUUUGUCAGAGCUCAACUGUCCUUACGCUGUCCUCAACAGUGGAAGCAUCAGCCAAAGACUCCAAAACAGGAAAGACUGCCUUCUGCUCAUUACUUUUUUAGUGUCAGAGUUGGAGGCAUCGAGAAUGAUUGUCGUCAACAUUCCUCAGAAGAAGGGUCAGGACUCUGGUAGCCCCGUGUUUCAAGAUUUAAAGGGAAUCUGCAUGACACUAGGAAUGUCGAAGCCUCCCGCCAACAUCGCAAUGUUCCAGUUUUUCAGUGGAAUAGAAAAAAAGCUAAAAGAAGCCAUCGGUCGAGUCCCACCGAGUCACGUAGGAGAGCCUUUGAUGAAGAAGGCCUUAGGACCUGUGCACCUAGAGAAAAUUGAAGCUAUAAACCAAGCGCUAGUGAAUGAAUACGAAGUGAGAAGAAAGAUGUUGCUGAAACGUCUUGAUGUGACUGUACAGUCUUUUGGUUGGUCUGAAAGAGCAAAGACACGUGGUGAGAAGUUGGCCAAAGUUUAUCCGCCUUUGCGUUCGGCACUAUCUACUGCAAGUAAAAUUUCUGUUGCCCAUCUUCUGGCCGCUCGACAAGACUUCUCCAAGAUUUUACGCACAAGCAGUGGCAAGAUGAGAGAGAAGACGGCUUGUGCUAUUAAUAAGGUCCGAAUGGGUCGAGUCCCAGACAGAGGAGGGCGUCCUUGUGAGAUUGAGCCACCUCCACCAGAGAUGCCUACGUGGCAGAAGCGCCAAGAUGCCCCACAAGGUGGAGGACACUACGGUGGGGGAGGACAUGGAGGUGGCAGAGGGGGUUACGAUCAGUACUCUCAAGGUGGCCGUGGAGGCUAUGAGAAAGGACAAGGAGACAGGAGUGGGAGAGGAGGAGGAGGAGGAGGAGGAGGUGGUGGGAGAGGUGCAAAGGUGCAAGGAGGCUGGGGAGAUGGAGGUGGAAGAGGUGGGUACAACCAGGGCCACUAUCAGGAUGGAGGAAGUCAUCAUGGGGGAGGAAGAGGAGCAUAUGGAGGAGGUGGGGGCAACCAAGGAGGGUUCCAGGAAUCAGGGUACCAUGGAGGUGGCGGCGGCAGCGGCGGCGGAGGAGGAGGUGGCAGAGGGUUCCAGGAAUCAGGGUACCAUGGAGGUGGCGGCGGCAGCGGCGGCGGAGGAGGAGGUGGCAGUUACCAUGACGGUUACCACCAAGAUGCAGGAUGGCAUCAGGAGAGAGGUGGAGGUCGCGGAGGCCGAGGAGGCAGGGGAAGAGGAGGCCGUGGCGGAGGAGGUGGACAGGGGGGAGGAUGGGGAGCUAGAGGGGGCCCUAAUUUUAACCAAGGUGGACAGUUUGAACAGUUCUUCCAGCAGGGGGGGCAGUACUAUAAUCAAGCUGGCUUUAAUCAAGGGAGACAUUACACUAGUUGAAGACAGCCAGGGGGCACUGCAGCAGAGUCCACACAAAAAAGGACUAUUUACUAUCUGUCAAUUAAUAUAAACAGGCCGAGCAGGUUAUGCUAGACAAGUUAAAAAAAGACAUGUCAUAAAUCUGGCAAUGCUGUUUCAUAAUUUUUUUUUUUUCAGGCACAUAGUGUCUUGAGAAAGUAAAAACUUUUUGGAGCCCAAAUGCUAUGCUCAUUUUGGGAUGAUGCCAUUAAAUCAAAACACAAACCUUUGCACUACUACACAAGCUGCUACAUGUGUUAGCUAGGCUUCUGACAUGUUAAUAUUAUAACGCGUAUAUAAAUACCUUGAUUUGAUGGACUCUGCUGUUCUGACUCGUCUUGUGGCAUAUGAUAAAUCUUACGUUGGACAUUUCUUUAAAAGACAAGGACUUUCUUUUGAUGUUAAUGUGGGUGCACAUAUUGUAUCCAAGACGUUCCACACAAAAAUCAACAACAUAAUUGCUCCUCUUGAAUUUGGACACAAUUUUACCUUUCCAGUCCUGAUUUUGUUUUAGUAGAUUUGACUGGGAUUUCUUUAUUUAUGACGUCUCAUCAUGUAGAGAUUGCAUGGAUGUGUAAAUAAGCAAUAAAAUCUGAACGAAUAAAAUAACAUUUUUUUCAGUUGGUAGAGCGGUGGUCAGAGAUAAGUACGUUUGUUGUUUUGUUUUUGUUUUUUGAGUGAAAGAUUGACUUCUUGUUUGAAAGAUUAUUUGUGACCCAUAAAGUUCAGAAAGUGGUAUUGAUGGGUUCUUGAAACAUUUCUUUAAAUGUUAUUUUUUCGAAUUAGAAACUAAACUACCAUCCCCAUUGAGGGAUGAAAAAGAACGUGAAUAGAACAAACUAUAACAUUUUUUUGUUAUAUAUGUCAUUUGAUGCCUGUGAGUUUGACUGUUCAACGGAGAUUGCAUGUGGCUGACAGUAAAAAAUAUUUUUCAAAAGCGAUGCCAAUAAAAAUAAUUCUGCCUCUCAAAGA